UUAGCCCCUCUGGCUGAACUGCUACCAGAUAAACCCAAGAGGUCUGCUCUGAACCAGCUCACUAGGGCUCUCCUGCGUAAAUACGACUGUGGAGUGAGACCUGUUCAGACCUGGACCAGUCCCACACUAAUCUACAUAGACCUCAUCCUGCAGUCAGUUCUUGAUGUGGAUGGAAAGACCCAGCAAGUUACCACAAGCAUUUGGUACCGGCAGAUCUGGACGGAUGAGUUCCUGGUGUGGGAUCCUGAGGAGUUUGAUGGGAUCACUGAGAUCUCACUGUCCUCUGACACCAUAUGGGUUCCGGAUCUAAUCAUCAGUGAAUUUGUGGAUGUAGGAGAGUCUCCGGCCAUCCCCUACGUGUAUGUCAACUCUUCAGGGAUGGUGAAGAACAACAAGCCCAUCCAGGUGGUGUCUGCAUGUGACCUGGAGAUGUAUGCCUUCCCCUUCGACAAGCACAGCUGCCCUCUGACCUUCCGCAGCUGGCUUCACUCUGUGACUGAGGUGAACCUUACCUUAUGGAGGAGUGCAGACGAGAUCGCCAAUAAUCAGAAGUCCUUCAUGGAUGAUGGCGAGUGGGAACUGUUGUCCGUGCCCUCCCGCUAUUGGCAGGUCCACCAGGAUGAAAAAGACUACGCCCACAUCCAGUUCAACGUCUUGAUCCGCCGGCGCCCCCUGCUGUAUGUGGUGAGUCUGGUCAUUCCCAGCAUCUUCCUUAUGGUGGUGGACAUCAUCAGCUUCUACCUGCCACCUAACAGUGGCACGCGCAUCACCUUCAAGACCAGUGUCCUCCUGGGCUACACUGUCUUCAGGGUCAACCUGAUGGAUGAGAUGCCUGCCACUGCCAUCAGAACACCACUCAUAGGGGUGUUCUUUGCCGUGUGCAUGGCUCUGCUGGUGCUGAAUUUAGCCAUUUCCAUCUUGGUAGUGAAGCUCCUUCACCACAAUGAGAAGGAGGUCAAGGAGAUGUCAGUGUCUGCCUGCCUCCUUGACAAGUACGGCUCAUCCAGCCAGACCUUCCUUGAGAGCAACUUCACCUCUGUCAAAACGCUGGACGACGUAGAUCAGUGUGGAGGCUACGAGUUUGACCUAGCUCCAGACGAGGACCUGCUGUCCCUUAGUGAGCCCCAGGAGAGUUCUCCUCAGCUGGAGAGGCUGCUACAGGAAGUGGUGGCCCUGCGACUCUACCUACAGGACGGGGAGAGGGACGACUCAGCUCAGUCUGAAUGGGUGGCCCUCUGCUGCAAGGUGGAUCUCAUUCUGUUCAGAGUUUACCUGUUCAUCCUGGUCGUCUACACCAGCACCCUGGUCAUACUGUGGGCCAGCUGGAGCUCUAUAUGA